AUAAUCGUUCUUUUGUGGCCCUAUUUGAAACAGUUAAAUAACAUUCAAUAUUAGAAAUAACUCUUCACUUGAUUUUUAGUGAUAUUUGAUUCAACAAGCUACAGGUUAGUACGUCAAAUCUCGCAAUUAUGGAGUUAUAUAAUUCGUUUAAUUAUACAAAUCGAUCGACUAGUCGACAGUUCCUGGUUGUCAUGGUAACGGACUGCACAACACUACGAACGUAUGUAAACUGAGUGGUAUUGGUGCCAACAUUGGUUACGUAACAAAUAAUUUCAACAAUGGUACUUCGGCGACAUGGCGAGCGUUCUUUUGGAUGAAAAAUCUCCACGUCUCUGGAACAGUAUUCGGAGAAACUUAUGUAAUAGUAAAUAAAUGAUGCCAAGAAACCAAUGGACAGUUCGUCGCUCAAGAAAGUGCCGAAGUGGCUAGAAGAAAUUUCCGCAAACACCCAGCAACAGCAUCCUGGCUCGUGGGCACCAUCUCAAAAUUAUGAUCUCAAGAAAUCAAAGUCUGCCAGAUUGCCAAAGAGUGCUGAACUUUUUGGAACACAGUGCGGAUUUUCUGAUUUAGAUGGUACUGGAACAAGUUGCAGAAUUUCUGAUAACCAGCUGAAAGUGCAACGUAGCAAGUCGGCAUGCUACGGUCGUAGGUCUUCAGCUGGUUCAUGGUCUGCAGGUGACAGCCCUCGCAGCUGUUUGAAUGAUGUGGAGACUGACAUCCAGUUGUUGCAAACCACACUACGUCAGAAUCUUGCAUUUCCGGAAAUUUCAUCAGCAGUGGCAAAGCCUUCACUUGAGGAAUCAUGGAGUUCACUGUGUUUUUUUGACCUGAAACACAAGGGCAGGUUGACAGAAACAGAAGUGCCUGUGUCUGCUGAAAUACCAGUUUUGGAUAAAGAAAUUGCACAAGAUGCCAAAAACAAGGAUAAACCAACGCUGUCAUCAGAUUUUAUUAUACCAGAAUUGCCAGGAGGCACUCACUUAGCAAUAAACAUAAAAAGCACAUGGGGUGAUCGCCAUUACCUAGGGCUCAAUGGCAUUGAAAUAUUUAGUGAGAAUGGUGAGCCAGUGGAUAUACAGAAAAUAUCGGCAGAUCCUGCUGACAUAAACAUUCUCCCAGAAUAUGGUAAGGAUCCACGUGUCGUUACAAAUUUGCUCGAUGGUGUUAAUAGAACACAUGAUGAUAUGCACCUAUGGUUGGCACCAUUCACUCCAGGAUCAAACCAUUUUAUAUACAUAAGUUUCAAACAGUACACACAAGUGGCUAUGAUACGUAUCUGGAAUUAUAACAAAUCAAGAAUCCAUUCCUUCCGAGGUGCCCGAGAUGUAGAAAUUACUCUAGAUAAUAGGCUUAUAUUUUGUGGGGAGAUAGCACGCGCCUCUGGUGGCAUUUUGGGAAGCACAGAAGCAUUUGGAGAUACUAUAUUGUUCACUACUGAUGAUAGUAUUCUGGAGUCUGUGUCACAUUGUGACAACUCAUUCACAAGUAUUGUGACUCACUCCGAAUUAGAUGUGAAUAAUCACACCAUUGACAGGCCUCUCACAGCAGAUACUGGGGAAGAACGACCAUUCACGUGUGCCCAGCAGCUUUUACCACCUGCAGAAACUAUCUUUGACGUCAUUGGAAUGGAUGUAUGUCUUAGUGGAUCAAUCAUUGAAAUAAAUCUUUUGCAAAACUGGGGUCACCCUGCACUUAUAGGUCUCACUGGCUUGGAGGUGGUUGAUGACGGUGGUGAAGCUCUUUAUAUGGAGCCACAUUAUUUGCAUUGCAGUAUACCAUCACCAGAUAUAUACAGGUUGAUUGAUGGAAUAAAUGUAACAACAGAUGACAGUCAUAUGUGGAGUACGGGUUUCCUGAGUGGUGAACCAGUGACAUUGACACUCACAUACCCAGAAACCAAAAAAAUUGCAGGGCUGCGACUCUGGAAUUUCAAUGCAUCACCAGACAUGGUAUACUGUGGAGUGAAGAUUAUUUCUGUGCAUUUGGAUGGAAAACUUGUGGUAGCAGGUGUUGACGGAAUUAUUCCAGUACGUCGUGCUCCUGGAAACUGUCACUUCAACUUUGUCCAGGAACUGAAGCUCUCUGGCAGCCCUGUUGCAGAGCCUGUAGAUGCAGACCUUGAAGAAUACAGCAACACAAAAGAUCAACAUGACUCUCCACUUUUGUCAUCAUUUGAGUUUGAUGCAGAGUGUCAGGAUCGUGGAGCAAUGAGCUGUGAUAGGAGAAAUGAAAAUAAUGCUACUUUGGAGUCAUUAAACAGUGAUUAUCCAUUGAACAGUGCAGCAAGUGAUAGUGCUCUAAGUAACAUGUCACAGUUACCAUGCAGUGAUUCAGAGCUGAACAAAGUAAAACAUGAGGAAAAUGGAUUGAGGUUAUUACCUCCUCCAGUGUCAAUUAGGUACAGUGACAACAGUGAUUUAGGUGAUGAGGAAUAUGAAGCCCCUGUGAUGCCAGAAGGUUUUGUGUUCCAGCUUUUAAUUUUGUCAACUUGGGGUGACAUGUAUUAUGUCGGACUGAAUGGUCUAGAACUAUAUGAUGAAUAUGGGAAAAAAAUAAGGCUGACUGAAAAUAACAUUGGAGCAUAUCCAGACAGUGUGAAUGUAUUAGAAGGUGUUGAAGGUGAUGUGAGAACACCAGAAAAACUCGUGGAUGGUGUUAAUGACACUCUAGAUGGUCAACAUAUGUGGCUGGCCCCAAUUCUCCCAGAUGAGCUGAACAGGGUAUAUAUAGUAUUUGAUUACCCAGUGAAGGUUUCCAUGAUGAAACUGUGGAACUAUGCUAAGACUCCUAGCAGGGGAGUUAAGGAAUUUGGGGUAUUGGUAGAUGAUCUUCUAGUUUACAAUGGUGAACUUGACCAGGCAUCACAUUUACAAGGAUCAUCAAGAGUUCCAUAUCGCACUGUCCUGUUUACGUUGAAUACGGAUUUAAUUAGUCAAGAACAAAGCACAGAAGUCAGACAUAAAGGCCAUGGCCAUCAUGUUCGUCUUCUAAAUGACUAUAAACGAGUAACAUCAGGAGGAAGUUCUUGUACCUCUGCCGACCCAUCACUCCGGCCUGUGACCUCUAUCAUCCACAGGGAAAUGGAAGAUUAGAGGCCAACUGAUCUGGUUAAGUGUGCAGCAGCUGUUUAUUUCUUCUGUGAAGAAUUGUCUGGGUAUUUUUGUUUGUUGAGGUUUGUGUUCCACACAUUCUGGAAUCGCAUGUAUCCAUUUGUAAGUAUUCACUUCAGUAUGUGCCUUACUCAUAAAUCUUCAGGAAGAGAAACAGCCAAGUUUUCUCAGUUAGAAACUUAUAUAUAUAUGUAUAUGUGUGUUUUUCUAUUAGGGAGUAAACACUACCAAAAUGAGCAAAUGAACUCAAGUAUUUUAUGUGAAUAUAUUCAGCCCGAAGCAAGCUGAAAAUGUUACAUAGUAAUUGCAAAAUGUACACAUAUUUACGAGCUGAAUUAAAUUUAAAUGUAUUAUGGUGAUUUUUACAGACUGAUUCUUCCACAAAUUUCUGAAUCCCAAGUAGUCAGAAAAGCUGUAACAAAUUAGAAACACUUUGUUACAUUUUUUUUAAAUAAAGACAAAAACGGAAAGAAAAAAAAUCAAA